AUGGGAUUAUUACAGCUAUUUCUGAUCGUCGGCUUAUUUUGCGUAGCCUCAGUCCUAGGUUUCGGCAUCGACCCUGCCCUGCGCGUCAGCGUGUUUGACGAGCUGACGCUCGGCGACGGCUACGAUGGAGUCACUCAAGUCCAGGGCUUCCACAGCGAGUCCAGAGCCUUCCACUUCCAAGGAUCCUCCCGGGAGGUGCGGGCGUCCGUGGGCGUCUCGGAGCGCAUCGUCCACAAGCUGAGAGGGAAGAGCGAGUUCACCGUGCUGGUGACGCUCAAACAGGAGCUCCUCAACUCCGGGGUCAUCCUCUCCAUUCACCACUCGGAGCAGAGGUUCCUGGAGCUGGAGAGCAGCGGGCAGCGCAGCGAGAUCCGCCUCCACUACCGCACCAAGGGCCAGCAGCCGCACACGGAGGUGUUCCCCUACAGCCUGGCCGACAACCAGUGGCACAAGGUGUCCGUGUCGGUCAGUGCCUCGCACGUCAUCCUGCACGUGGACUGCAACAGGAUCUAUGAGCGGGUGGUGGAGAUUCCCUACAUGGACAUCCCUGAAGAUGCCUCCUUCUGGUUGGGACAGAGGAACGCUGCUCACGGCUUCUUCAAGGGAGUGAUGCAGGAUGUGGAGGUGCUAGUGAUGCCACAGGGCUAUAUCUCCCAGUGUCCAGACCUCAACAGAACCUGCCCGACUUGCAAUGAUUUCCACGGGCUGGUGCAGAAGAUUAUGGAGCUCCAGGAUAUCCUGGCCAAAACCUCCGGCAAGCUGUCCAGGGCGGAGGAGAAAAUGAACGGCCUGGACGGAUGCUAUUGUGAGAGGACCUGCAGCGUCAAGGGAGUGGUCUACCGGGAGGAUGAGGGAUGGACAGAUGGCUGCAGGAACUGCACGUGCACGAAUGGAACGGUGCAUUGUGAGGCUAUCUCCUGCCCCGCCCCCGAGUGUCCCGCGGGGAUGGCACCCGCCUACGUGAGGGACGCCUGCUGUAGGGAGUGCCAGCCCGUGUGCCUCUUCAGUAGCAGGGAGCUGGUGGAGGGAGAUCAGAGAGCAGUGCGCGACACCUCUGGCAGAUGUCUGCUGUUUGAAUGCAAGGACAGGACCAUGCGGCGGGAGCUCCCGGCCGCCCUGUGCCCAGACCCAGGAUGCUCCGAGGGGGAUCAGAUUAAGCUGAACGACCGAUGCUGCACCGUCUGCAGAGGUCAUGACUUCUGUGCCGAAGGCCACGGCUGCGUGGAGAACUCUGAGUGUGUGAACCUGGAGGCCGGGACCCGGUGUGUGUGCAAGGACGGCUUCAGCCCCAUGAGGGAGGACAACGCCUACUGCGAAGAUAUCGACGAGUGCGCCCAGGGGAAACACUACUGCCGGGAGAACACCAUGUGUGUGAACACAGCCGGCUCCUUCAUGUGCAUCUGCCACACGGGCUACAUCAGGAUCGAUGACUACUCCUGUACAGAGCAUGACGAGUGCCUGAGUGGAAUGCACAACUGUGACGAGAACGCUCUGUGUUUCAACAUGGUGGGAGGACACAGCUGCUCCUGCAAGCCCGGCUACACUGGCAACGGAACCGUCUGCAAGGCGAUGUGUGACGGACUGUGUCAGAACGGAGGCACGUGCGUCUCACCCAACAACUGCAUUUGCCAGCAAGGCUUCACCGGAAGGAGGUGUGAGACAGACAUCGACGAAUGCUCCGACGGCUUUGUGGUGUGUGACAGCAAAGCCAUUUGUGUCAACCUGCCCGGCUGGUACCACUGUGAGUGUCGCGAUGGCUACCACGACAACGGCUUGUUCUCAGCCAAUGGGGCGUCAUGUGUAGACAUCAACGAGUGCAAGACGGGCAGGAACAGCUGCGCCAACGACACGGUGUGCUUCAACCUGGAGGGGGGCUACGACUGCCGGUGCCCCCACGGCCACAACUGCACCGGCGACUGUAUCCAUGACAACAAGGUCAAACACAGCGGGCAGAUCUGGGUGCUGGAGAGCGACCGCUGCUCCGUCUGUUCCUGCCAGGCCGGCCAGGUGAUGUGCCGCAGGAUGGUGUGCGACUGCGACAACCCCGGCGCCGACCUCUUCUGCUGUCCCGAGUGCGACCCGCGGCGCAGCAGCCAGUGCCUGCACCAGAACGGCGUGCUCACCUACGGCAGCGGGGACACCUGGGUGGACAGCUGUCAGCAGUGCCAGUGUCUGCAGGGGCAGGUGGACUGCUGGCCUCUGUCCUGCCCUCCCGUGGACUGUGAGUUCACGGCGGUGGCCGAGGGCGAGUGCUGUGCCCGCUGCGUCACGGCGCCCUGCCAGGCCGACUCGGUCCGCAACGACAUCACCAAGACGUGCACGGACGAGCACAGCAGCGUCCCGCGCUUCAGCGGCUCGUCCUGGGUCAAGCACGGCACCGAGUGCACCCUCUGUCAGUGCAAGAACGGACAUAUCUGUUGCUCAGUGGAUCCCAUGUGCCUCUAGUGGCGGAGCAGCGGUAGGACGGCCGAGCGUAAAAACCAGAAGAAGAGAACAACAGCUUCGACGUGUCUCCUCAUGUGUUUUUAUUUUGUAUAUCGGCAGAUCAUUUCGAAACAUUUGUUUUAGCCUGCCUGCUUUAGCUUUGUCACAUUGUUUCACGCUUGCCAAAAUCCGAAAUCGACGCGAGAAUUUUUGACUUUUAAAUGCUUUUCAUGUGGACUUUUGAAACUGUUUUAUUUUCUCUUUUUACUUUUUCUCUAUCCGUUAGCACAUGUCUUUCCGUCACCUUAUGGCGAGACUCGCGUGCCACCUGGUACCGCUAAUAGGGUCAAACAAAACGCUCCUUGAUUUGUUUACAGAUUCUCCUUGAGCCUGGGUGUGCAACCUUGAAUCCUCUUUAUACCAAAUGUCAACACGUUCUCAUGCUGAACAGAUGACGGACUACAUUUCCCACGAGCCCACUCUUUGUUUGGCCUCACUGACCAGUGUCUACGUACCACCUCUCUCUCUCCCCUCCACUCUGCAUCAUCUGCAACGUGACGCUGUAAGAUAUUACUAUUACUGGCAUGACUGUGCUCUGUGUCUUGUCAUGAUUUUUGCUGAUUUUGAAACAUAAAAAAAUUCUCAAUAAUAACGAUAAUAAAUUAGACCGUUCAGAGUAAGUUUCCGUUGCCACCCGUACAACAAUAUUGUCUAUAUUCUAUGUGGUGCUCUGUAGCUUUCUGUUCCUUUUUUCUAAUUUAUUUCCAAAAGCUUGUAAUUGUGUAAUUGUGAAAAUAAAGUAUUUCCAUUUACAUUAAAA